UCUCUCUCUCUCUCUCUCUCUCUCUCUCUCUCCCCCCUAUAGUGGUCUCGCUAAACAACAUGUUCGGAAUCUGUUCGUCGUCAGCUGAUCUGCUACUUCCAAUUUUAUAAUCAACUUGAGUAAAUUUUUUUCAGACAGGAAUUGUGAAGCGAUUGGCGUGUAAAGAUUGAGAGAGGUAGUUUGUUUGCAAGAGAAGGAGAGAGAGAGAAAGGUGUUGAUAGAGAUUUUGAUGGCUGCGAGUGCGAACCCGACAGGGAAUAAUAACCAAGAAGGUGCGAAUAAUGGAAACGGCGCCACCAAUAACGGUGGUGCUAUCGCAGUUCCGGAGAAUUCGGUGGUGGGUCCGACUCAGGCUUCCUUGAGGCACAACCCGGGUCUCUCCGUUGAAUGGACUCACGAAGAGCAGUCUCUGUUGGAAGAAUUGCUCACCAAGUAUGCCUCAGAAACCAAUAUAGUUCGUUAUGCCAAAAUUGCAAUGCAAUUAAAAGAUAAGACAGUUCGGGAUGUGGCAUUGCGUUGCAGAUGGAUGAGCAAAAAGGAAAAUGGCAAACGCAGAAAGGAGGAUCAUAAUUCAGCAAGAAAAAAUAAAGACAAAAAGUCUCAGGAAAAAGUUACAGAUUCUUUGCCCAAAUCUUCUCAUGUUGCAAACCGUUCCAAUGGUCCCGCAUAUGCUCCAUCAGUGAUGUCCAUGGACAGUGAUGAUGGCAUCUCCUACCAAGCAAUUGGUGGUGCUACCGGCCAGCUUCUUGAGGAAAAUGCUCAGGCGCUGGAUCAAAUUUCUGCAAAUUUUUCCGCUUUUAAGAUACAUGAGAACAUCAAUCUCCUUUGCCAAGCUCGGAAUAACAUUCUCGCCAUCAUGAAUGACUUGAACGACUUGCCAGAGAUAAUGAAGCAAAUGCCACCACUUCCUGUGAAGCUGAAUGAAGAGCUUGCCAUCUCCGUCCUUGGUCGGCCGUCCUUGCAAAAGAAAUCAUGAUCCUGAUUUCCCAUGACCCAGGCUUGCUAAUCAUGCUUGUGAUUAUUCCCCAUUAGUUGGGAACUUAGAUUACCAUUCGCAAGUAGAAUAAACUGGCUGCUAAUGAAGUCCAUUUGAUUUUUCACUAGUUGUAAUUUAUACUUAGUUCUUUUGGUUUCAAAUUUGUUUAAUGCAAGAGAGUCCUGUUUCAUUUCUUUAUAUACCUUCCUUUCCUCUUGGGGUUUGCUUGUCUAAUUCUAGGAAUAGUGAUGUAGUAUGUGAAUGCUUAUUGUAAUGUAGGACAGAUUCUUGUCUUUGUAAUUGAUGGAAGGAAAGAAGUCAAUUCAAGGUUUG